ACGCUUUAAAAAAUAAAUAAAUUGUAGGAAACCUACAUAAAUAUGGUUAUGUAAAUCCAAUGUGGUUAAAAUAUUUAAAAACACGCUUAUAAACGAUAAUAGAUUUAUAGAAGUUCUAAAACAAUUAUAUGUCUUAAAAAGUCACAUUUUACUAAAAAUAAACAAAAUACUUGGAACUGAUAAAUUUCAACCAAAAAGUUUGUGGAUAAAAAUGUGUAUUUAGAUAUGACCUCUUGUAUUUUGAAUGCAACGAAUUUAAAUGUUCGGCCUCCACAACGCUUUGUUCUCAUAGAACAGAAUAGCAAAGCAGACGCUGUUUGUUUGAUUAGCGCAAUCCUUGGACAUCGUCUUUCAUUGGAAUCACCUGGAGUCGUAAUUGUAUGUGCUGAACAUACUUUUGCCCAUUAUGAUGCUUUGGGAAGUCGCUGGGCACACAGAUUAGGUUUGCAUCGCGAAAAGGGCACAUUGCAUGUUAUAGAAGCACUAAAAUGUCAUUUUCAAGACUUUAUGGACAUAGAUGGAAAAGUUGACUAUCUCGAAAGAUUUUGGAAUACUAUUGAGAAAAAAGUGCAUGUAUUUAACGAUGAAGGGAAACAAAACAUUUCUGUUAUUGUUGACAACUUGAUAUUCUACAAAGAUAUAUUCGAAGCGAAUGAAGCAUGGAUGACUCAGAUUUGUGAGAAAUUGCACAAAUUGACUGAUAUUUAUAGAAAUCUAUCAAUUGUCGUAAAGAUAAAUGAGUGUGAAAUGUACGAUGCUCUUUGUCGAAAUAUUGAAGAGUAUGCUAAUCCAGUCAUCCAGGUAGAGUCAUUUGAAACAGGUCUCUUUCAAGAAGUAGAUGGAAGAUUGUUAGUUCUAGAAAAAGCAAGUAUCGAUGAAUGGGUAUCUAAAGUAUCAGAAAAACAAUUGCUAUUUAAAACAACAAACAGAGAUAUUAAAAUAUAUGUUCCUGGAUCAGUAGACAUUAAGCAAAUCUAAAAAAGAUUACAUACCUACUUAUUGUAUUUAGUUAGAUUUAAAAAAAAAUGGUUUUAUUAUCAUACAUACAUAUAUGAAUAAAUUACAAUUUUGUUUCUUAGAGGAA